AUGCAGGUAGGGGAGCAGCCGGGGGUGACCGGAGCACCCCAGGGAGUGCAGCAGGCAGGAGGGCAGUCGAUGGUGUCUGGGGAACCCCAGGGAGUGCAGCAAGGAGGAGGGCAGGGAGUGCAGCAGGCAGGAGGGCAGCCGAGGGUGCUCGGAGCACCCCAGGGGGAGCAGCAGAUAGGGGGGCAGCCGGGGGUGACUGGGGCACCCCAGGGAGUGCAGAAGCCAGGGGGGCAGCCGAGGGUGCCCUGGGCACCCCAAGGAGCACAGCAAUCAGGGGGACGAUCGAUGGACAACCAGGAGCAACAGUUGGAGGAGUGGUGUCGGCUUUUGGAGCUGGAUACCCCCAUGGCGACUGUGGAGGAGUCAGAGGCGGACGAAGCACCUCCCAUGCCGCCUCCCCCAUGCCCCCGCUUUCCGUGCGACACGUGUUUCCACACUUUCGCUACGCGGGGGGGCGCUGCGAACCACAUGAGGGUAUGCCGAGCGGCGGAGGCGGAGAGGCGUGCACAGGCUCUCAGCUCGAUUCCGUCUCUGGUGGAGACCGACACGCAGGAGCGAUCGACGCCGCGGGAAUUUGGGGAGGAGGCGUGGGCUGGGGUUACGUCAUGGGAAUGGGAAACAUUUUUCAGCGUGGAGGCGGUUGGAGGGAGGACAGUGCGCCGGAUCCCACAGCGGGCCAGGUCGGGGGUUUUAGACGCGCUCUGUUGCAUCCUUAAGCGCUUGAAGAGCCAGCCGGGAGAUGAAGCCGCUACCCUCCUACUCUUGACGUUUCCGCGCCUCAUCCUAGCCAUGCCUCCCAAGCCAGGCAUAGGCCAGAAGGCGCUGAUCACAGAGCGGUUGAAUGCGUUCUGGGAGGGGAGGUGGCGGGAGCUGUUUGAUUCUGCCAUGGUGGCGGCGCGGCCAGCAGUUCGCCCACUUUCCUACACUUGCUCUGACCAAGACCCGGAUGCCAUCCGCCUGUCACGGUGCCGAUCUCGGUGCGAAGUGGGGGAGUGGAGCCGUGGAUUGGCCUGCCUUACAGCAGGGGAGUUGGCUCGACCGUCGGAGGUCAUGGUGCAGUCGCUGCGAGAGAAGCACCCGGCUAGCGCUGGCGAGGUACCACAGUGGGUCCGCGAUUUCACCAUCGAUACUGCUCAGCGGCCUUCACUCACGACCGACAUCCUGGCCAGAGCUAUCCAUACAGCCGCUCGAGCUUCAGCAGCAGGGCCAUCGGGGUGGGUCACAGAGCAUCUGCGCGACACCUUCCUCACUGAACCUUCCUGCCUUUCCCACUUGUUGGAAGUGUUCAACCAAUGGGUGGCAGGACAGGUCCCCGAGCGGGCUCGGCCGUGGCUCGCCGCAUCCAACCUAGUCGGGCUUUCCAAGCCUAACGGCGACGUCUGGCCGGUGGCGAUCGGGGAGGUGCUUCCUCGUAUCCUUGCUCGAGCUCUCUGCAUCUCGCUCCGCCCUGCAUUGGUUUCCUACUUCCUGCCGUGCAACCAGCUGGGAGCGGGCACCAGGAGCCUCGAGUCAGCACGGGGAUCGAGGCAGGGGGACCCGCUCGGCCCUUUUCUUUUCGCCUUCACUCAGCAGCAGGUGAUGGAGCUGGUUACUAGGGAGUUCAAGGACCUGCUUUUCCUCAGCUAUGCAGACGAUACCUAUAUUUUGGGGCCAGCGGCUAGGAUUCUGGAGGCUUUUGGGGUGCUUCGGGAGCGGUUGGAGUGGGUGGGGCUGGAGGUGCAGGCGCACAAGUGCCGGUUUUGGGAGCGCGAGGGCAAGGAGGUGGAGCGGGCACUGCCAUUGGGGAUGCAGCGGGUGGAUGAGGGUCUUACUGUGGUGGGCGUGCCUAUUGGAGAGGAGGUUUGGGAGGUGGUCCGGCUACGGGAGCGGCUUCGACAGUUGCAGGCACCACUGCCAUGGCUCCCCUUGCUCGACCACCCCCAGAUGGCUUCACACCUCCUCGCCAUUGCAGUUUCAGCGCGGCAGAUGUACCUCGCCCGGACUAUGCCGCCGCGUCCGGAGGUAGUUGAGGCUUUUAGGGAUUGGGACAGCUGUUUAGAGGAUUGCUUCGAGCAGCUUUUUCCACCUGACACUUGGGAGCAGGACCCCGACCGGUCUAGGCGCGCACGCAUACAGCUGCAUGUCCCUGUGCGUCUCGGAGGGUUCGGGAUCCGGGCGGCGGCCUCUUUGAGCCCACUGUCCUAUGUUUGUGGGUGGGCACAGGCCGCGCGUGACAUUGCACAGUUAGGGGUGGCGGGCGAGGAGGCGAUGUUUGCUGAGUACCUCACCACUUCGACAGGGGCAGAGUUUCUUGACCCGUGGUUUGUCAAGGCUCUUGAGCAGCUGCCAGCGACUAUCCGCCACGAGAUACCGGGCUUACCUCUGUGUGUAGCGGCCCCUCCUGUUCGGCUUUUCCAGGCGCGGCAGCGCCAGUUAGCUGGCCCGAGGGCAGGUGCAUGGGUUUCGGCGGUUUCGGCUCACUCAUAUCUCACAUUCACUGCGGCUGAGUGGGGCAUUGCUGCUGCUAUACGGCUCGGCCUCCCAAUCCAGCAGCUGCAGGUGGCGGGGAGGUAUGUUUGUGGCACAGCGUUUGUUGACCCAGCAGAUCCGCACCAUGCCCUGAGAUGCAGGCAUCAGCAUGGUCCUUCUCGGGUGCAUGAUGAGGUGAAGUUUGCGGUGGCGAAGAUCUCUAAGGCGUCGGGGGGUGUGGUGACAAUGGAGGAUAGUGUGGUGCUGCAUGGGAAGCGGGUUGAUGUGGCGGUGCGACGUCCAAUGGCUGGAGAGGCUCACGCCCUAGAGAUCAGCGUCGCGGACCCGCUAUCGCAGUCUCCAUCACUGCUGGAACAGUGCGGGCGUCAAAUAGGUGUGGCGGCAAGGGAGUGGGAGCGCCGCAAAACGAGUGACUACGCGCCUCUGCUUGCACGCAACCGGGGCGUGCAGUUCACCCCUUUGAUAGUUGAGACGUGGGGGUGUCUCGGCGGUCGUUUUCAGCGGUGGCUUCGUCAGCAGGGGGAUGCGCACGUGGGACUAGCUGUGUCGCGGGGGGCUUGUCGAGAGGACGACUCUGUUUUUUCGGCUUAUCUUUUAGGGUCACUGAAGGCGCUCAUCGGGGUGGCGUUACAACGGGCGCAAGCUCGUGUCAUCCUGCUUCGAGCAGCGUCUUCCAUGGGGGGGAUUAACGUAGAUUUGGUGGAUCGGGAGAGGGACGAUGUCGAUGUGGAAGGCGGGGCUCUCUGGGUGGAGGCCACGUACAUGAUCUUCCUUGAGCAUCGCGAUUUCGCCAUGCUUCGAACGAUCGGCGCCUCGUCGGCCGCGCUUCGGCGCGGCGCCUCGUCAGCCGCCGCUCAAUGCGGCGGCGCUGGCCUCGCCUCGACCAUCCCCUCGCUUCCGAUCUCUCCGUGCCAUUCCCGCGCCGCUCUCGCCCUCGUCGCUCUCUCCCGAUCACUAGCGUCGCUCCACUCGCCACCAGUCGCCCCGCAAAUUCCGCUUCCGCAACAACCGCAAAACUCCUCUCCCACCCUCACACCCGCUUCCCAGCAGCAGCACAGCCAGUCCGUACAGCAGCGGCGGUCGCUCCACUCCCCCGCAUCGCUCCUCUCCGCUCCCGCCUUCCGCCUCCCCGUUUCACCCCUCCACUCUGCCCCCCGCGCGCCGUUCUCCUCCUCCGCCGACUCCUCCGCGGAUCCGACGGAGCAGCGCAGCCCGCCGACAGAGCGCGUCGUACGGCUGGCGGACGAGAUCGUAGGGCUGACGUUGCUCGAGGUGUCAGAUCUAACGACCCUGAUCCGGAAGAAGCUGGGAAUGGAAGAUGCGCCCAUGGGCGGCAUGCCGAUGGGCAUGAUGAUGAUGCCGGGCGGCGCGAUGCCCGGCGGCGGCGGCGGCGGGGAGGCGGCUCCGGCGGCGGCUGUGGAGGAGAAGACGGCGUUCGACGUGAAGCUGGAAGGGUUCGACGCGGCGGCGAAGCUGAAGGUGAUCAAGGAGGUGCGGAGCAUCGCGGGGCUGGGGCUGAAGGAGGCCAAGGAGUUCGUCGAGAAGGCGCCCGUCGUGGUCAAGGCGGGCGUCAGCAAAGAAGACGCCGCCGCCAUCGCCGAGAAACUCAAGGCCGUCGGCGCCACCGUCGUCGUCGAGUGA